UUUCGCUUGCUUGUGAUAAAGUUGAAACUAUGUCUGGUCGUGGAAAAGGAGGAAAACCUCGAGCUGUGCGAACGUCUAAGUCUGCAAAAGCUGGCCUGCAGUUCCCUGUGUCUCGAGUUCAUCGAUUUUUGCGCUCAGGAAACUACGCAAAGAAAAUUGGUUCUGGAGCUUCGGUUUAUCUUGCAGCCGUUAUGGAGUACUUAGCCGCAGAAGUUCUUGAAUUAUCAGGCAACGCUUCCCGUGACAACAACAGAAAAAGGAUCAUCCCUCGCCACCUUAUGCUGGCUGUUCGAAACGACGAAGAACUCAACAAGUUGUUAGGAAAGGUAACCAUUGCACAAGGCGGAGUUUUGCCGAACAUCCAAGCUGUUUUGCUGCCAAAGAAGAAAGAACAGAAAAAAUAAACUUUAAUAAUUACAAUAAACAACGGCUCUUUUUGGAGCCAAAAGUUUAUUUUGGUGAAUGGCCAAAAUUGUUUCAAGUUCUUUUUGAUAAAACUACCAGUAUCGCUAUGCAAAAGUUGUAAAGUCCACUUGAGAAAAUGAUCAAUAAUAAUCGCCAAUCAAUKCCGUUUUAGUUCUAUCAAGAAUCUAUGUAAAAACUGUGAUGAAUAGGAAUUUAAAAUGUAAGAAUAAAAUAUGAUUGAAA